CCCCCACUCAAUCCCUUCGAUUUUUCUUCUAUCCUGCGCUUUCCUUUCCCUUCACUGUCACUGUUUCCUUCUUCUCUUUCAUCGUUUUUCUGAGAGAGCAGAGGGUGCUGUUUUGGACCAAAUUCGUGCUCUGGGGGUCACUUAGCCGCACGUUGACGAGCUCCAGAUUUGAAUCAGUCCUAAAAUUUCUACUGGGUCGGAGAAAUCGAGGACCCCCACGUUCCCUCUUUCACCACUAGCUUCGAAUCACCUCCAUUUCUGCUCCUCAGCCUCUCCAUUAGCUGCACAUUAUCUUCCGUGUUUCAUUUUACUACUUGGAAAUGCUGUGGUUUUACUGGGUUUUGGAGCCGAUCGGAAAAUCGCCGGCGAUUUGAUGGGAUUGAUUCUGCUUGUGUUUCAGUCUUCCACCCUUAAUGGAGGAGACGUUGCGCUGUAGUCUAUGCACUGCUCGUAAAUUUGAUGCUAAGAUCCGCUUCGCCGUUGUUCUUUUUGAGAUAUUACUUCUUCUGGCUUUGGAUGUUACAUAUGCAAAAUCUGAAGAACACCGGUUGGAAAGGGGAGCUGAAAACGUUGUUUCACACUCUUGCAUCCAUGACCAGAUACUAGAACAAAAGAGGCGACCUGGGCUGAAGGUAUACUCUGUUACGCCCCAAGUUUACGAUGUGACUGGUACCACAAAACCCCUUCAUCGAAAGGGUAGAGCAUUGCUUGCAGUUCCUGAAUUAUCAGAUCCGCAAAAAAUUACAAGACAACCUAUCAGAAUAUAUCUGAAUUAUGAUGCUGUUGGUCACUCGCCUGAUAGAGAUUGCCAAAAAGUUGGUGACAUCGUGAAGCAGCUUGGAGAACCUCCUGUCACUACUUCCUCUCCGGGUGCUCCUUCUUGCAAUCCUCACAGCAACCCUCCAAUUUCGGGUGACUGCUGGUAUAAUUGCACUUUUGAUGAUAUAUCUGGGGAGGACAAAAAGCAUCGUCUGCACAAGGCAUUAGGUCAGACAGCAGAUUGGUUCAGAAGAGCAUUGGCUGUUGAACCUGUGAAGGGGAACUUGCGUUUAAGUGGAUACUCUGCUUGUGGACAGGAUGGAGGCGUACAGCUUCCUCGGGAAUAUGUCGAAGAGGGUAUUCCCAAUGCAGACUUGGUUCUUUUAGUUACCACAAGGCCUACUACGGGGAACACACUUGCUUGGGCUGUUGCGUGUGAACGUGAUCAAUGGGGCCGUGCAAUUGCUGGACAUGUGAAUGUUGCACCUCGGCAUUUGACUGCUGAAGCAGAGACUUUACUUUCAGCUACUCUUAUACACGAGGUUAUGCAUGUCCUUGGUUUUGAUCCACAUGCUUUUGCCCAUUUUAGAGAUGAGAGGAAAAGAAGGCGUAGUCAGGUAACAGAGCAGAUCUUGGAUGAAAGACUUGGCCGCACAGUGACUCGUGUGGUGCUUCCACGUGUUGUUAUGCAUUCGCGGUAUCAUUAUGGGGCAUUUUCAGGGAAUUUCUCAGGUUUAGAGCUAGAAGAUGGAGGAGGACGUGGCACUUCAGGAUCUCACUGGGAGAAAAGGCUUCUGAUGAAUGAAAUUAUGACUGGUUCAGUUGAUACAAGAUCUGUGGUCUCAAAAAUGACACUGGCUUUAUUGGAAGAUAGUGGAUGGUACCAGGCCAACUAUAGCAUGGCAGAUCGUCUUGAUUGGGGUCGCAAUCAAGGUAAUGAUUUCGUCACUUCCCCCUGCAACCUCUGGAAGGGGGCAUACCAUUGCAACGCUACACAGUUGUCAGGAUGUACAUAUAAUAGGGAAGCAGAGGGUUACUGUCCAAUUGUUAGCUAUAGUGGGGACCUCCCUCAGUGGGCUCGAUAUUUCCCCCAACCUAACAAGGGUGGACAGUCGUCAUUGGCUGAUUAUUGUACUUACUUUGUGGCUUACUCGGAUGGGUCAUGCACUGACACCAACAGUGCACGUGCACCUGACAGAAUGUUGGGUGAAGUACGGGGAAGUAACUCAAGGUGUAUGGCCUCAUCCCUAGUCAGAACUGGGUUUGUAAGAGGUUCUAUGACCCAAGGAAAUGGUUGUUAUCAACAUAGGUGCACUAAUAAUUCAUUGGAGGUGGCUGUGGAUGGUAUGUGGAAAGUAUGUCCUGAAGCUGGCGGACCAGUUCAGUUCCCUGGCUUUAAUGGUGAAUUAGUCUGCCCUGCAUAUCAUGAACUUUGCAGUAAAGACUCGGUUUCAGUGCCUGGAAAGUGCCCCAAUACCUGCAAUUUCAACGGAGAUUGUGUUGAUGGGAAGUGUUUCUGCUUUCUAGGCUAUCAUGGACAUGAUUGUAGCGAACAAUCUUGUCCUAGUAACUGUAGUGGAAAUGGGAGGUGUCUUUCUAAUGGACUUUGUGAAUGUGGAAACGGUUACACUGGCAUCGACUGCUCCACUGCUAUUUGUGAUGAGCAAUGUAGCCUCCAUGGAGGUGUCUGUGAUAAUGGCGUCUGCGAGUUCCGUUGUUCAGAUUAUGCUGGCUAUUCAUGCCAGAACAGCUCCAUGCUUCUUUCGAGUCUUUCAGUCUGCAAAAAUGUAUUGCAAAGGGAUAUGACUGGCCAACACUGUGCACCCAGUGAACCGAGUAUCCUACAGCAGCUCGAGGAAGUUGUCGUCAUGCCAAACUACCACCGUUUGUUCCCUGGUGGUGCCCGGAAAAUUUUUAACAUCUUUGGCGGAAGCUACUGCGAUGCAGCGGCUAAGCAGUUGGCUUGCUGGAUUUCAAUACAAAAGUGCGAUCAAGAUGGUGACAACAGACUCCGAGUAUGCCACUCGGCUUGUCAGUCAUACAAUCUAGCUUGUGGAGCAUCACUCGACUGCUCCGACCAGACCCUCUUCAGCAGUGAGGAGGAAGGCGAAGGGCAGUGCACGGGCUCCGGUGAGAUCAAAUUGUCGUGGUUUAAUCGACUGCGCAGUAACUUAUUCGUAAGUAACAGCUCCUCAAAAGGAACAUCUGUAAAAUAGUUACUUGUAGUAGGGUUUUUUUUCCUUUUCCUUCUUUCGAUUUUGUUAUUAUCAAUCGAGUUUGUAAUUUUACCAGGGGUCUUGACUUAGGAUAGAGUUGGCAGUGCAAUGCAAAUGCCAUAGAUUUUAGGUUCUCAGUUGUGCUCAGCCCAAAAUGAUUUAAGGAAAAAAUUGGGUUGAGAAGUUGCCAAGUUUUAGGCUUUCAAAGAUGAAAGCUAUUUGUAGAGAGAGAAUUUGUAAGUGUAUGAAAACCAUGAGAAAAGGAAAUAGAAAAGUGAAGGUGGAAAAAGCUUUGUUCAUGUACAACAUAAACUGGCCGAAGGCCUUUGAAAGAGAGAAGAAAAAAAAGAAGCUUUCUUUCUCUUUCUUUCUA